CCACUGAUUGUUGGUUAUCGAUCAAGUUUUCGGCUAACAACACUGGAAGCUUUAUUUGCAAUUUAUAUUCUAAUGCAAUAUAUUCGACUUGUUAAAAAUGGAAGAAGAAACCAAUGCCACAUCCGGACGAUCUUCGCCUACGGGGGUUGAGACUCCACCCCUUCAUUUGGAGCUGAUUGAAUACGUCAUUGGGUCGACCAAAAUGUUUUUCUUCCAGGACCUCAAAGCUUGGGACGAAUGGACAACAGCACUGGACUCAGCCAAGGAUCUUUCGGACGUAGAGGUGCGCGAAAUUUUUUUGACCCAAGUCUUGCCCAACGUGAACACCUAUAAACUGCCCGAAAAGCUAAAAAAACGCCUAGAAUUGCUGAACUUGCAUCCUUAUCUGAGGCGCGUCGCAGAAGGGUAUGAGAUUUCGCCAAAUAGCGAUCUGGCGGCUCGCCUUGAACUGAAAGAGGGUCGAGACUAUAUUACCAUUUCCAAGUUCAAGGAAAGCGGUUACCCGCGUUCAGCCCCAACCAUUUUGAUUGACGACAAAUCUGUGGUGUACGGUCCCCAAAUGGAUCCCGAGUUUUUGGCUCUACUUUCUAUGAUGGUGUCAGACGAUCUGGAGUUAUCCAUGUGCCAGCUACACAGCUCGCAGGAGAUCCACCGCCGGCUACGCCAAGCUAGGCAGAACUUCGAGGACCGUGCCAGAUUUGCACCUUUCCGCAACAACCUUGACGAAACAUUGUUUAAAUUAGAGGUGUUUACCAAGUUAAGAAAAAAUAUUUGCUUGGCUAUGAACUUCCGGAAAAAAUACUAAUGUAGAUUCAAUCAAAACAAUCUUAUAAAAAAAGUUAAAAGCUGUCAAAAGUUCAUUACGUAGAUAGAACACGCUUUUUUAUUUGUGACAUGAAAAUGAACAUGGAUUGUACCAAAUCUUAUUGUAACAAUGAACUUAUUUUUACUUAAUUAUAUUUAUGUAUUUUAAUCAUAAAGUUAUAAAGUUUUUAUACAAUUUCAAACCUAAUUAAACUAAAACUAAUUAGUUAAAAAAUAUAAUUAUAUAUCCGCCAUACAAUAUUAAACUGCAUUAUGCCUGGAA